AUGGCGGGAGCGACCCAAGCCCAGGUCGACCACAAAGACACACCAUCUCCGCCGGCUCUGAACCCUCGCGACAUGUCGUCAAACACAUCACCGCCGUCAAAUGACGACGGCCAACUGCAGGACGAGGCCAUCCGCCUCGCAGCCCUCACCCGCCGUGCUCUCGCCGCCCUCCACAGCAACCUCCCGGGCUUCAACCCCUCGCAGCCCCUGACCGCCGACGAGAUCCUCGCGCUGCCGCUCGCCGCCCACCGCGUCGACGACGAGCUGCACGGCCUCCCCCGCCGCCGGUCCUCGCGCGCCGCCCUCGCGCAGCUCAUCGCGCCGCUGCUGUACCCCGUCCACGACGGCUCCCUCACGGCCAUCAUCCGGUACGAGGCCGACCGCGUGCGCGUCCGCGGCUGGGUCGUCCUCCAGCGCAAGUUCGACCUCUUGCGCGCCACGAAGCGCAACGGCCGCAGCGCCGCGGGUCUGUCGGGCGGCGCGGGGCCCGGCGUGCAGACCCCCGUGUGGUCGAGCCGCAUCGUGAACCAGGGGCCCUGGGACGAGGGGAGGACGCCCGUCUCCCGCGCCGGCGUCCCCGCGGUGCCGAUGCCCGUUAAAGUCGCACACGAGAAGCACCUCGCGCCGUUCUUCGCACACCUGCGCAACCAGGGCACGCACGUGCUCGUCAACGGCGAGCGCGACGGCGGGAUGGAGCUCGACGGCGGCAGGGGUGAGCCGUACUACGGCGUCCAGGGCGCCGAGUUCGAGAGGGGCGUCGUGUACGAGGACGGGCGGAUGGACCUGUGCAAAAUGGUCGUGGGACCGGACCACAUCUGGCGGCUCAUGGACAGCCUCCGCGACAACGCCUUUGUGCGGCACUUCCUGCUCGGGAACAACAUCAUCGGCCCGUCGGGCGCGCAGGCCAUUGCUGCUUUCAUCGACGAGCUGCCGGAGCGCAUGGAGACGUGGUACCUCGCGGGCAACUGCAUCGACGGCGCCAGCUUCACGGGCCUCGUCGACGCCAUGGUCGAGUCCCCGGCCAUCACCAACGUGUGGCUGAAGCGCAACCCGCUGGGCCGGCUCGCCGCCGACGACCUCUUCCGCCUCAUCACGCAGACGCCCAACCUGCGCACCCUGGACCUGGACCAGACGGAGCUAGGCGACGCCGGCGCGGCGCACCUCUUCACCCGCCUGGCCGCGCACUCGGCGCCCGGGGGCCACAAGCUACCCCUGCGCAACCUCUACAUGAACGGCAACGGCAUCUCCGCCGACGGGGCGCGCGCCAUCGCCAGCUUCCUCGCCAGCCCGCACUGCGCCCUCGCCUCACUCUACAUGUCGUGCAACCCGCUCGGGGACGCAGGCGCCGAGGCCCUCGCGGCGGCACUGCCCGCGGCACCGCAUCUGACACGCCUGCUCUUACAGUCAGUCGGGGUCAGCACCCAAGGUGCCGUGGCGCUCUGCCGCGCCGUGACGUCCCCCCGCGCCGGCAUCCGCACCCUCGACCUCGGCCAGGCGUUUGCGACCGAGGACCUGGCCCAGGCGUACAACUACAUCGACGACGCGGCCGUGCCCGCCAUCAAGGCGAUGCUCACGCACGGCCAGCUCGAGUACUUUAGCCUCGGCCACUGCCCCGUCUCGCACGCCGCCCUCGUCGAGCUGUCCGCCGCCAUCGCCGAGUGCGAGUCCUCGUCGCUGCUCUACUACGCCGCCUCGUCCAUCCUGCGCCGGCCCCCCGCCGCGUCCUUUGUCCCCUCGCGCGACACCCCGCUGCCGCACCCGGACGCCCCGCCCCGCGCCGACAUCGAGGCCGAGAAGCUGCUGCGCGCGCGGCUCGAGGCCAACGUGGCGGCGCGCUUCGCCGACGCGCACACGGACGCGGGCAUGACGUACCUGCGCUUCCUCGCCGAGGAGAAGCGCUGGCUCGUCAGCGACAGGGAGGACGUGCGCAAAAUCGACAGCGUGUACCGCAAUCGCGACGCCGGCAUGGCGCGCAGAGGGCUCGUCACGCUCGUCAAGCAGUGGGGGGAGGGGGACGACACCCUCCAGAGGGUCGGCAACGCGCAGGGCCCUGUGCGCGUGCUGCGAGACGGCAUUGCUGCGUAG